GAUUUCCAGUGUUUGGGUAAUGGCGUUCAGUAAUCAUAACAAACAAUAAUAGUCCUAUCGAAUGAUAUAUACUAUACCGUAAUAUAUGGAUGGUAGUUUUUAAUAGUUAUACUGUUUAAUGGACAGACGUAGUGCGAAUUUUGAUUUUCUAUGAGAAGACAUGACGAUUUAAUCGUAGUACUAUUACACCACCGUCGUUGUCAAUCGCCAAUCUGUCGCUAAUGUCGCGUCAUGGAGGUUUGAAAAUCGCUCGUUCAUAAAUCGUAGAUUCACUCGUUAAACGUGUUUGUGUUUACCAAAAUAUAAACACUGGACACCCCAUUGUGGACUAAUCGGGACGACUGCAAACUUACAAAUGAUGUCACAAUCAAAUGCUCCAAAAAUCAUGGUCUUUCGGCCUACCAUGGACGAAUUUAAAAAUUUCAGUGCAUAUAUUGCCUAUAUGGAAUCUCAAGGAGCUCACAAAGCAGGACUGGCUAAAGUUAUACCUCCAGCAGAAUGGUGCCCAAGACGAGCACCUUAUGAUGCUGAUGAUAUUAUGAAUUUGAAAAUUCCAGCUCCAAUCUGUCAAGUUGUAAAUGGAAAACAAGGACUCUAUCAGCAGAUAAACAUACAAAAAAAACCUAUGACCGUUGCAGGUUAUAAGCAAAUGGCAGAAUCAAAAAGGUAUUCUCCACCAAAUCAUUUUGAUUAUAACGAUCUAGAAAGAAAAUAUUGGAAAAAUGUAUGCUACGUAUCUCCACUUUAUGGGGCUGAUGUAUCUGGAUCAAUAACUGAUGAAAAUGUUGAUAUAUGGAACAUAAAUAGACUGGGAACAAUCCUGGACUAUGUAAAUGAAGAUUAUGGUAUUAGUAUUGACGGUGUUAACACAGCAUAUCUCUAUUUUGGAAUGUGGAAAACAUCAUUUGCAUGGCACACUGAAGAUAUGGAUUUAUACAGCAUAAAUUAUUUACAUUAUGGUUAUCCAAAAACAUGGUAUGCCAUACCACCUGAACAUGGACGUCGGUUAGAACGAUUAGCAUCGGGUUUUUUUCAAACCGAUGCUGCCAUUUGUCCAGCUUUUCUUCGUCAUAAAAUGACUAUUAUAUCUCCCCAUGUUUUAAAACAGUAUUCAAUACCUUUCAACAAAAUAACUCAAGAAAAGGGUGAAUUCAUGAUAACAUUUCCCUAUGGAUAUCAUGCUGGUUUUAAUCACGGAUUUAAUAUGGCCGAAUCUACAAAUUUUGCAUCUCCACGAUGGGUAGAGUACGGAAAAAGAGCGUCACAGUGUCGAUGCCACCAAGAUACGGUAAAAAUUAGCAUGGAUACCUUCGUCAAGCGUAUACAACCUGAUAAGUACGAGUUAUGGAUUCGAGGUCUAGACAUAGGUCCUCAUCCGGAAGAUCCUUCUCGCGUGUUCGCUGCCCCUUUACCCAGUGAAAGUGAUAUACUAUGCAAUAAAAAUAAUAUGGGAAUCCCAAAAUCAUAUGUAAACCAUGGUAGGAAGCGACGACAUCCUGUAACUUUAGUUUCUGAAUUGUCAGAUGAUCAAUCUUCUACUAAUGAAGACAUUUAUAUACCUCCCGAUGUUAGGGAGGCUAUACACGAAAUGGAUCAAAAAGCUUACCAUAAUGAAAUAAUACCAGAUGAACAACAAUUGGAAGUACUUGAAGAUAUAUGGCUAAAAGCUGGUGAAAUAGAUUCAUCAGAAGUUUCUUAUAAAAAAGAAAAAUUUGUCUCAAGUUCUAAAAAAAAAUUAAAAACACGCCUUGAAGAUUCAGACUCUUCUUAUGAAUCAAAUGAUUCAAAUUAUUCAGAUAGCAGAUUGUGUUCAAGGAGAAAUAAGUCAAAAAAAAGACAUUCUAAAAAAAACAAUACAAAGUCAAAAAGAAAUAAAACGAGCCAAAAACCUAAAUAUUUAGAAAACACAAAUACUACUGAAUGUAAUGUAGUUGAAGUUCCUGUUCCAAUAAUUGAGCAAGAUGAAUCACAAGUGCAGGACAACAUGGAUACUUCGGAGACAAAUGUUUUAUCGCCAAUAAUACCAAGUAGUCUUGAUUGCAUGGAUACAAACGCCAAUGAAGUAGAAGUUCUUGAUAAAACAGUUUUUACAAUUGAAAAAAGUGAAGUUUGUGAUCAAUCCAAGACAACAAAAUUACUAUCACCAAUCAAAUUAGAUAGCAUAUUAUGUGACUCGACUCAAAACAAUUUGGUUCAUCAGUUCAUUGCAAAUACAUCAACACAUUCUACACCUAAAAUCACUAGUCAGGUUAUGUCUGGAACUAACCUAGGUUCACAGACAUUAGAACCAAUAAUUUGGACUAACUCGGCUACUGAUCGAAGCAUACCAACGUUAGAACCAAUUUGCAUAAAUGGAAAUUCUAAAAUUGAUGUAAUCGAAGAAAUGCAUUCUUACAGUUGCAAAUCUUUAAGUAUCAAAACAAAAAAUCAAAUAAUGUUUGAUUCCAACUAUGAUGUCCCAAAAAAUAUUAAUGAUUUAAUACAAAGUAAUUGUACACUGGAAAUUGAAAAACAGUAUAAUAUUUACAGAAGUAAGGAAGAACCCCAUUGUGCAGUGUGUCAAAUGUUUAGUCAUAAAAAGCCGACUUUCAAUUUGAAUUGGCGGACUAAAGCUACAACAUACAUACUAUCAAAUUUAUCAAGUAUUCCAAAAACCAGCAAAAAUUGUUUUAAAUCCUCUCUUCUAGGGCGUGAAAAGAAACCACAUUCACCAUUGAUCAAAUGUACAAACUGUUACUUAACCGUUCAUACAUUGUGUUAUGGCGUGGAUCAUGAUAAAGAUCAACCUUGGCUCUGUGACCGAUGUCAAAUUGUGUCACCAAAUUUAGCUUGUGAAUAUUGUCCAUUAAAAGGUGGAGCUAUUAAAAAAUAUGCUGAUAAUAUAUGGUCUCAUGUAGAAUGUAAUCUUCACAUCUUUGGUCAUAAUCCAUUUGGUGAAAAUUCAUUUUCUACUGAUUUUUCUACUUCGCAGAAAUGCAUUAUAUGUAAUUUAUCAUGGGGUAAUUGUUUUCGUUGCUGUGAUCCUGUGUGCAACGCUUGGUUCCAUAUAUCAUGUGGAAUAUUUGCCGGUUUUGAAUUCCUGGUUUGCCGAGAAAACAAAAAUAAGAUACUCAUUUAUUGCUGUAACCAUUGUUAUUUGCGUGAAAAGUCGGGUGAAAUACGAAAAGAUCAAACGGUUUGGGCAAAAUGUGAUGGCCAACUUACGUAUGCACAAGGAAAAAUUAUUAGAAUUGAUGAAAAACCUUUUGGCGUUGUCGAGUUCAACGAUGGCAGAAUUAGUAACAUUGAUAUGGAUAAUAUAACGGAUAAGGGUAUUAUUCCACAAAUAAAUGAAGUAAUUGAAUUGGGACCUAGUACUCAGGUAACAUUUUUAGGAGUCGAUUACAAAAAUAAGUAUAUGGUGGAAUUUUACAAUGGAAAAACUGAAUAUCUGUAUAAGGACGACAUCCGAAGUACUGAAGACAAUUUUCUAAAACGUUUAAAAAUUCUUUCUGAACGCGGACUGAACAAGUUUUAUAAAAAUUAUAAUGUGACUAUAACAUAAUUCAUUAUAGUUGAAUUAUGAUUUUAAAAAUAAUUGUAUUAUUUUAAUAGUAUUUUAAAGGAAAAUUGUUUAGUUAAGGAGUAAGCAUACAUUUAUUAUCUAAAAUUAAAUUUUUUCAAUUGUCUUGAAAAUAUGUUACUGUCUGAUUAUCGUUUGAAUAAUGAUUUUAACAAAUAUAUUUAUUCCUACACAGUGCGAUUCA